AAGCCGAUCACCGCUGCUUCCGCAUUACUUCCUUGUUUACUUGUUUUGGGAGAAACAUUGCUUUUAGAAAAAGUUUUUUUUUUCUUGUCCGGAGACUCCAAAAAUCCCUCCGUUAGAUUUUCGAAUUGCCGUCUUCUCACCUUGUUUUCACUGAGAAAUUCAAAACUUCAUCAGGGCCCCAGUUCAAUUGAAAUCAAGUUAUAUUUCUGUUUUGAAUGGCCACAUUCGCAGAGGAGCCUCCAGGACUUCAAGACCAAACUGCCAAUUCAACUGGGGCCCGAAAAAAUGUUACUGAGGGUCCGAGCAUUGGCAUGUCGCAGGCCAUGAAAAAAACUAUCGGCCAUCGUGGAAUUGAUCCCACGGGGGAGACGACGUACAAAAAGACUACAUCCUCAGCUCUGAAAGGGGCUAUCCAGUUAGGCAUCACACACACAGUGGGCAGCUUGAGCCAAAAACCUGAGAGAGAUGUGCUUCUGCAAGACUUCGAAGUUGUAGAAAGUUUUUUCUUUCCCAAUGAGGGCAGUAACCUGACACCAGCCCACCACUAUGGAGAUUUCAGGUUCAAAACAUACGCUCCGGUUGCCUUUCGCUACUUCAGAGAGAUGUUUGGCAUUCGGCCUGACGACUAUAUGUGUUCUCUAUGCAGCGAACCACUGAUUGAACUGUCAAACUCGGGGGCCAGUGGAUCUUUAUUCUAUGUUUCCAGUGAUGAUGAAUUCAUUAUCAAGACCGUGCAGCACAAAGAGGCAGAGUUUCUGCAGAAACUUCUGCCAGGAUACUUUAUGAACCUGAACCAGAACAAGCGGACCUUAUUACCAAAGUUUUAUGGGCUGUACUGCGUCCAGUCAGGCGGCAAAAACAUCCGCAUUGCUGUCAUGAACAAUUUGUUACCAAGCGCAGUACGAAUGCACCUAAAGUUUGAUUUAAAAGGUUCGACUUACAAGCGACAGGCUUCGUCCAAAGAGAGAGACAAGGCCGUGCCGACGUUCAAGGACCUGGAUUUCAUGCAGGAAAUGCAUGGUGGGCUGUUGCUUGAUGGAGACAAGUACAAUGCUGUUUGUAAGACCAUCCAGAGAGACUGUUUGCUCUUGCAAAGUUUUAAGAUUAUGGACUACAGCCUUCUAGUAGGAAUCCACAAUCUAGAUCAGGCGUGUCGAGAGCAGGCCAGUGAAGAAGCAGUGGCAGGAGCUGCAGACCAAAGGAGGCCACAAGGUCAAAAGUCCCUGUACAGCACAGCUAUUGAGGCCAUUCAGGCAGAGUCGGGAGCCAUGGGAUCACUAGAAUCAGAUGACAAGACAGGAGGAAUCCCUGCACGAAAUGCUAAAGGUGACAGGCUGCUGGUGUACAUGGGCAUCAUUGACAUUCUGCAAUCCUAUAGACUUGCAAAGAAGAUUGAACAUUCCUGGAAAGCCCUGAUUCAUGAUGGGGACACUGUAUCAGUACACAGACCGAGUUUCUAUGCAGAGAGAUUUCAGAGGUUCAUGAGCUUAACAGUCUUCAAAAAGAUGUUGUUGAAGACCUCCCCAUGUAAAAAACGCCAUGCCAAUGGACCAAUGAAAAAAUCAGCUGGUGCUGGACCAUCUCUGUCGACCCAAAGCAGCAUUAACUAUCAGCAGACUUCACUUCAACAUCAGGUCAGCUCUGACACCAGAGAAGACACAGAGGGAGAAAGCGUCAUGCAGUCAGGUCGACCCGACCUCCUCCCACAGAUGAUCUCGCCCAGCAAUGCCGUUGUUAAUGCUGCUGAAAUCUCUGUUUCCUCCUCCCUGGCAAACUCUGAAUUUGCUCCCACAAGCGAGCCUCUGUCUCACUCUCAUGAUAGCUCAAUGUCAGUGGAAGUGGGUGGAAGCCAAGGCCAGGAGAACAGCACGCCCGUGAGAGCUCAGUUAAGUCUUGAAGAAAGUAUUGGUGCCGAUGAUCUCACUCAAUGACAUUUCUAAUGCAAGGAAAUUAUCUGCGUAGAACAUUGAACUGGACUCAGACAAACCCAAAAAAAAAAGCAGCUUGGAAGAUGUUCUGAGUGUGGCUGAAAUGUUAAAGCCCUCUUGA